UUUCAGCCUGCUAACUACGUAUAGCUAAUUCAAACCAGGUUGACCCAGCAAACCAAGACGAAUGGAGCCAAAUCCAGAUUAAUAAUGUUAUUUACUCCUCGCAUCCUUGUGGAAUAUUACUUCAUUCCCUUCAAAGGCCUUUAAAAAACACACCAAAAAACAAGGAAUGAUUGUUGUGGGGGUCAACUUGGAAACCACAGUUGGACAACCCACUACCCUCAACUGCUUUAGUGGGGCCUCCUGACAAGCCCUCGAAGUCCCCAACCCAUUUGACCUCCCUCCGAGGGGGAGAGCGCGAGAGGCGUGUAUGGAGCUCUACGGAGACAAAGCGAGAAAUAUGGCUUCCGUAACAGAUGCCAGAUAUGGACACAAGGAUGCUUCCGACCAGAACUUUGAUUAUAUGUUCAAACUCCUGAUCAUUGGCAACAGCAGCGUUGGCAAGACUUCCUUCCUCUUUAGAUAUGCUGAUGACACUUUCACACCAGCCUUUGUCAGUACUGUGGGGAUCGACUUCAAAGUGAAGACUGUUUACAGGAAUGACAAGAGGGUAAAACUGCAGAUUUGGGAUACUGCUGGACAAGAAAGGUACAGGACAAUUACCACUGCCUAUUAUCGAGGAGCAAUGGGGUUUAUCCUUAUGUACGAUAUUACUUGUGAAGAGUCCUUCAAUGCUAUUCAGGACUGGGCUACUCAAAUAAAGACCUACUCCUGGGAUAAUGCCCAAGUCAUUCUGGUUGGAAACAAAUGUGACAUGGAGGAUGAGAGAAUCGUUCCUUUUGAAAAGGGAAAACAUCUGGCUGAUCAGUUGGGGUUUGAUUAUUUUGAAGCUAGCGCCAAGGAGAAUGUCAACGUGAGGCAGGUCUUUGAGCGGCUGGUGGACAUCAUCUGUGAAAAGAUGUCGGAGAGCAUGGAUUCGGAAGCUUCUAGGACAACUACUGCCGGGAGGAACGUGCGUCUCACAUACAGCCCCCCUCCACUGCAGCAGAAUUGCUCCUGUUAAUGCCUCAAAAUCUCUAAGAAAGUUGUUGUUGCAGGAUAGGGGGCAGGAACAGUACAUCUUUUAAAAGAGAUGUUUCAGUGCUGGUGGAGCUGGAUAUGUUUGUCUGAUGUUUUGCAAAGUCUCUUUAUAUAUUUUAUACAAAAACAGUGCAAGUGCAGCUAGUGUUCCAGUGAAAAGUUAUGCUACGGUUUAAGUAGUUUAUAUAGUCUGUCACAUAUUUCUGUGUGGUUCUCAAUGUUACAGUCAAACACACUUUAUUAGCAUCUGAUAGCUAGAGGCCACUGUUAACUAUGGCACAAAAAUUUAAUUAAAAAAGAGAGGACAGCAGUUUGAACUAUCUCACAAAAAGAUCUUCAGAAGGGAGAGGCAAUAUUGUUCUUUGUGUAAUUAACUGGUAUCUUUGCUUAAUAAGAAUUGCACAGGAAAAGCUGUAGCUCAGUGGUAGAGCAUGCAGAAGGUCUUAGACUCAUUUAAACCAGGUAGGUAGCCGUGGUGGUCUGCCUUAGUCGAAACAAAAUAAAAAAAUUCCUUCCAGUAACACCUUAGAGACCAACUAAGUUAGUUAUUAGU